UGUAUGACUAUGGAUGAAACCCUGUAUUCCGUCGCCGAGAAAGUACAGAACUUUGGUGUAAUCUAUCUAUGUCAUAUUACAGAGGUCCCACCCUUUAACAAGGCUGUGCUAACUUCCUGUACGCUCAGAAACAAACAUAUCAUGAUUGAUUUCGGUACCGGUAACAUCAAUAAAAUAAAUUGGGCCAUGGAUAAUAAACAAGAAUUAUUUAGCAUUAUUGAAACAGUGUAUGGUGGCGCUUCGAAAGGACGAGGUUUAGUUGUUUCUCCCAAACAUUCGCCUAUUUCCUAUUAAUCAACUCGUUACAGAUAUUAAUCCUACACCUCGCC